GUAUCGUACCACCUCUCACCAGCUACCCCUUCACUGCUCUUCUCUCUGAUAUUUUUGUGGACACUGUUUUGACUAUGGGGAAUCGAUAUCUUUGUUUGGCUUUAUGUUUAUGUGCUUUGAUACCCUCUAUGCUUGAUGCUGCUUCCGAUGGGUUACUGAGAAUCAACAUGAAGAAACGACCUUUGGAUGUUAAUAGCAUCAAGGCUGCUAGAAAAGAAAGCAAAUAUGUUAAUGGUCUUAAGAACACGCCACAUGGUUUAAGUGAUGGUAAUGAGGAUGUUGUCCCUCUAGUCAACUACUUGGAUGCCCAAUACUAUGGCGAGAUCAGUAUUGGUUCUCCACCUCAGACAUUCACUGUCAUAUUUGAUACUGGCAGUUCCAAUCUCUGGGUUCCAUCAUCCAAGUGCAUAUUUUCUAUUGCUUGCUACUUCCACAACCGGUUUAAGGGAACAAAGUCAAGCACUUACACAAAAAUUGGGGACAAUUUGCAAAUAAACUAUGGAUCCGGAUCAAUUUCUGGAUUUUCCAGUAAAGACACUGUUCAAGUUGGUGAUAUUUGUGUCGAAGAUCAAGAUUUCAUUGAAGUUACUAAAGAAGGGAGUCUUGCAUUUGUAAUUGGAAAAUUUGAUGGGAUUUUUGGACUUGGGUUCAAGGAAAUUUCAGUUGGAGACUUGCAGCCAGUCUGGUACAAUAUGGUUGAACAAGGCCUAGUAAAAGAACAGGUAUUCUCUUUUUGGCUAAACAGAAAUGAAGCUGAUGAAGAAGGAGGUGAACUUGUCUUUGGUGGUGUUGAUCCCAAACACUUCAUAGGGGAACACUCAUACGUACCUGUGACUAGAAAGGGUUACUGGCAGUUCAAUAUGGGAGAUUUCCUUAUUGGAAACCAAUCUACAGGAUUCUGUGAGGGUGGUUGUGCUGCUAUUGUGGAUUCUGGAACAUCCUUGCUUGCUGGUCCAACUGCUGUUGUAACGGAGAUUAACUAUGCAAUUGGGGGUGAAGGAGUACUCAGCAGUGAAUGCAAAACACUUGUGACUGAAUAUGGAGAUAUGAUCUGGGAUCUCCUUGUUUCUGGGGUAACACCUGGAAAAGUUUGUUCAGAGGCUGGUUUAUGUUUCUCUGAUGGACGUCAGUCUGUGAGUUCAAAUAUUGAAACAGUGGUUGGGAAAGAGAAUGAUGGACUUGGGGAUACAGUGUUAUGUGAAGCUUGUGAAAUGGCUGUUGUUUGGAUGCAAAACCAGCUCAGACAAUCAGCAACCAAGGAAGCCGUGCUAAGCUAUGUGAAUAAGCUUUGUGAGAGCAUACCAAGCCCAGCUGGAGAAUCAGUAAUCGAUUGCACUACCCUCCAUAAGAUGCCAAAUGUUUCAUUCACCAUUGGGGAAAAACUCUAUACCCUCACUCCAGAACAGUAUAUUCUGAAAACCGGAGAAGGUGCGGCUACUGUUUGCAUCAGUGGUUUUAUGGCAUUGGAUAUGCCACCUCCAACAGGCCCUCUUUGGAUUUUGGGAGAUGUGUUCAUGGGUGUUUACCACACUGUGUUUGACUAUGGAAAUCUGCAGUUGGGAUUUGCUAAAUCAGCAUAAUUUACUGUCUGAGUAGCUUGGAAAAAAAAACUUUAAGCCUCUCAUGUAAAUAUAUAAUAUGAUGGAUGUAUCGUAUACUUAAAUAUUUUUACUGUGGUAACGAAUACGUUAGGAGGAGGGGUUGUAUUGUAUGAUGUUAUUUCUCGCUCAUUUGCGACCCUUGAUGGUUGCAUAUGAUAUGGGUAAGUUAUUAUCUAAAACUGAACUUGAGAAAAACAA